AUGAAGCUACAGCCAGGAGCUGAGCGCUCUCCUCACAGGCCGAUCCUGCAGGCCGGGCUGCCGGCCAACCAGACCGCGGUCGUUGGUCGAGACGUGGAGUUCGUGUGUCGAGUGUUCAGCGACCCGCAGCCUCACAUCCAGUGGCUCAAACACAUCACCGUCAACGGCAGCAGAGAGGCACCGGACGGACACCCGUACGUCCUCGUCCUCAAGACUGCAGGUCUGAACACCACCGAUAAAGAGAUGGAGGUUCUGACUCUGAGGAACGUGACGCUCAACGACGCAGGAGAGUACACCUGCCUGGCCGGAAACUCCAUCGGCGUCUCGCAUCACUCCGCCUGGCUCACGGUCGUCGACGAGCUGCCGCCGGCCCCUCUACCCUCUCAGACCUACCUGGAGAUCUUCAUCUACUGUUUGGGGUUCUUCAUCAUCGUCAUCCUCACCGCCACGGCGGUGGUCUGCAGACUCUGCUGCGCCCCGAAGAAGAGCGACUUCAGCGGACAGCUGGCCGUCCAGAAACUGGCGAAGAGCAUUCCUCUGAGGAGACAGGUGUCCGUCGAGUCCUCGUCCUCCCUCCAGUCGGGGAUGUGUUUGAUGCGUCAGUCUCGUCUCUCCAGCGCCGCCACCACCAUCCUGACGGGAGUGUCGGAGUACGAACUUCCCUACGAUCCCGUCUGGGAGCUUCCUCGGGACAGGCUGACGCUGGGGAAGCCGCUGGGCGAGGGAUGUUUUGGUCAGGUGGUUCUGGCCGAGGCCGUCGGGGUCGACAAAAAUAAACCGACGCGUCUCACGAAAGUGGCCGUGAAGAUGCUCAAAGCGGACGCCACAGAGAAGGACCUGUCCGACCUGAUCUCUGAGAUGGAAAUGAUGAAGAUGAUCGGCAAACACAAGAACAUCAUCAACCUGCUGGGAGCGUGCACGCAGGACGGCCCGCUGUACGUGGUGGUGGAGUACGCCUCGCAGGGUAAUCUGAGGGAAUACCUCCGCGCCCGGCGCCCGGCCGGGUUGGAGUACUGGAGCGGGUCGCGGCGGGCGUCUCUGGGCGGUCUGGAGAUCAGGGAGCUGGUUUCUGCUGCGUACCAGGUGGCCAGAGGGAUGGCGUACCUGGCGUCAAAGAAGUGUAUCCACAGAGACCUGGCAGCCAGGAACGUGUUGGUCACUGAGGACAACGUGAUGAAGAUCGCAGACUUCGGUUUGGCCCGAGACGUCCACCACAUCGACUACUACAAGAAGACCACGAACGGUCGUCUGCCCGUUAAGUGGAUGGCACCGGAGGCUUUGUUUGACCGCAUCUACACACACCAGAGUGACGUGUGGUCGUUUGGAGUCUUGCUGUGGGAGAUCUUCACCCUCGGGGGGUCUCCGUACCCCGGGGUCCCUGUGGAGGAGCUCUUCAAGCUGCUGAAGGAGGGACACCGCAUGGAGAAACCUUCUGCCUGCACGCAGGAGCUCUACCUGAUGAUGAGAGACUGCUGGCACGCCGUCGCGUCCCGCCGGCCGACUUUCCAGCAGCUGGUGGAAGAUUUAGACCGCACACUUUCUCUCAUGGCAAACCAGGAGUACCUGGACCUGGCCGUUCCUCUGGUCCAGUACUCUCCGGUCGUCUCGUCUCAUUCCUCUAACUCCACAUAGGGAGUUCUGGGACCCUUUUUCCUUCCUGGAUCACCUUCAUCCUGUUUCCUCUGCUGCGCGGGCUGGCGGCGGCGGCGGUCCCAGACCGGAGGAGCUCAGACGAAGCCGCUUCACUGUCGUCUGUCAGCAGCAGCAGCCUGAUGUGAAGACCAGCUGGACCGAGCCGGACUCCCCAGCAGGGCCUCAGGAAGCAGCAGCUCGUUCAGACCGGGUCCAGAGACCGAGGGAGGCUGAGAGAGCUGCUGCUGCGCCGCCCGACGCAUCAGAGCUCUCUGCUCAUAAUAAUCAGUGUGAAUAUUGUAAAUAAUAGUUUGUGUUAUAUGGAAGACCAAACUGGAAUUAUCAGAGAAAUAUGAAAUGAAAGGCGGACACAGAUGCUAAGAAAAUAACUGAACAAAUAAAAAACACGCAAUGUGUAAAUACAUUUAUAAAUUAGUAUCAAAAACAAAAUUUAAAUAUGAUUUUUCUUUGUAAUUUGUGUUACUUAUUUAUAGAUUGCGACGGCGGAUUAGCGCCAUGUUAAAGAAAAAAAUUGUUAGAUUUCGAGAAUAAAGUCGUAAUAUUUUGAGAAAAAAAUGGUAAUAUUAGGAGAAUGAAGUUGCACUUUUAUGAGAAAAAAGUCGUAAUUUUUGAGAAUAAAGUCAUAAAAUUACGAGAAUAAAGUUGGAAUUUUACGAGAUUUGUUUUUUUUCUGAUAAUAAAGUCGCCUUGGCAACAGUGGUUGCAUCCUAAAAUUACAUCUCCUUUUCUUGUGACAUUACGACUUUAUUAUCAGAACUUCUGACUUUUUUCUUAUAUUUUUACAACUUUUUCUUGAAAUUAUGACUUUACUCUCGUAAAAUUUCAACUUUAUUCUUGUUAUUUUACGACUUUAUUCUGGUAAUGUUCGACUUUUUUCAUAUUAUAUAUGUUUAUUCUCAAAAUUCCGACUUUAUUCUCGAAAUCUAACAUUUUCCCUCAAUUCCAUCUUAAUAGAUUUAUUUCUUGGUUCAUCUUUUGUUCAUUAAUUUAUUUUGCAUCUAUAUAUUUAUGUAUUUCUCCGCAGUGAAGUCAUGUUGCCAAAGACGAUGUCUGUCAGUGUUACACUUCAACAUUGCACUUAACCUCCAGCUGUUUGCAGCCCGCCUUUUACAGAGAAAGCUUCUAGUUGAAUGUGUAAAAUAACUGAAUAACAACAGUAUUAAAAUACUUUUUCAGUUUGUA